AUGAAAGAGUAUAGUGAAGAAGCAAAGCCCCGUUAUGGGGUCGUUGGCAAGAAUAUGGAAGAUCAUGUAACUGCAGGAGAGGUUGUCGGCGGAAGACAUAGGAGAAGGCGGCCGUCAAGUUACGAACCCAGUGACAGCUCCCUCUCGAGGACGAUUUCACCGGAUUCUGGCUAUGCCGCAAGGAGUUCGCCUCCUGUUUCUGACAGAAGAAGGAAGAAACGAGAUUCGACCGGACAGUAUUCGGGAUCUCAACACGGAACCACUCAGCGGUCUUCUGACACGUCCCGUCGUUCCCUUCCCAUAUAUAUGGAUGCCCGCACACAACCACCACAAAGAAUAUCGCCGGAAUCGUCUGUAAUGGAGGAACCAAGAACAUUCAGACAAUCUUUCGGCCCAAAGGAGCAAUCAGAAUCGAAACGACACUGUCGAGAUUCAUCACAACCUUCCCGUAGCUCGUCUCUCAGGGAGUCACGACAACACAUCCGCCGCGAAAGAUCCCCUGUGCCAUCUAAGCUCGGAUCCGCCCGAGACGACGACAUAAAACAGUAUCAUCGGAGAAGUAUGGGCGAUGAUUUGUCUAUCAGAGCAGAACGUGAAGCAAGAUCAAAAAGACGGGAGAAUAUGGGUUAUGAGGAGUAUCCGCCACGCAGAUAUCCCUCACCUCAGCAAUCUUCUGAAACUAACAGAGAAAAGGGGGUAAGAUUUUUAGAAAAGGCAAAGUGGCUUGCACUACUCCCACUAGCUUUGCGUGCAAUUCAUAUUGUCGCGGAGCCGAGCGGUGGGUGGGAGCAGUAUUUUCAAGGGGAUGAGAAAAUGCCAAAAGCGCCACGGUCGAGAAAAUAG